ACGCAGGGGCAGUGCGCUGCUGGCUGCUGCGCUGCUGCGCUGCUGGGCUGCUGGGAGCGGUGUCUGAGCUGCCUCGCUGGCUGCAGCGACCACCUGAACAGAGGAACACCAGGGACCCGGAGCAGCCCGCGCGCGAUGGCGGACGGCGCCUGCUGGUGGAGCGUGGUCCUGCUCACUCCUGCGGCCUGCCUGCUGAUAGCCGCCCUCCUGGUGGCACUCGUCCCGGCGCGCUCCGCGCUGCGCUACUACCUGUGCUUCGCCGUGUACAUCGGGGCGUCGUCGGCUGUGGCGCUCGCCUGCAUGCCAGCCCUCUGCCUCAGGCCGUUCCGCGUCCACAACUCCCGACUGAUGGCACAGAUUCUAAAGCAUUUCACCAAACUUCUCGGCAUCACUUGGGAACUACGCCACGGUGAAAUACUCGCUGAAGACAGAGGAGCAGUUAUAGUUGCCAAUCACCAAUCAAUACUUGAUGUUCUUGGUAUGUUUAAUAUUUGGGACGUGAUGGGGAAAUGUGCAGCAGUUGCAAAGAACGAGGUGUUUUAUGUAUGGCCUUUCGGUCUUGCAGCCUGGUUGAACGGAACAGUGUUCAUUGAUAGAAAUAAUGUUCACAAAGCAAAUGAACAGAUCACCAAAGCUGGGUUCAUAAUCAGAGAAGAAAAGGUGAAACUGUGGAUCUUCCCUGAAGGAACUAGGAGAACUAAAGAUGUACCCAUGCUGCCAUUUAAAAGAGGUGCCUUCAGGGUGGCCAUCUCUUGCCAAGUGCCCAUCAUACCCGUAGUGUACUCUCCGUAUCACUUCAUUGAUAACAGACACAAGUAUUUUAGGAGAGGCAAGAUUGUUAUCACUGUACUGCCAGAGAUCCCCACAAAAGGUUUAACGAUGGCUGAUGUCGAUACGUUAAUGGAAGACAUACGGAACAAAAUGGUAAAAACAUUUGAAGAUAUUUGCAGAGAACUGACAACUUAAUAAAUGUGUAACACGGUAACUUGCCACAAAAAGGAAGUGUUUGUUUAUAUACUAACAUGACGUUCUGUAAUAUCAUUUAAACAACCAUCAGUGGAAAUGCUUUCCUUCCCAUAGACAAGACAAGCAAGCAAGUGAACGCGUGGUGAAAGAAUGUAGAUUCUCCAUAACUACUACUUUGAUUGAUUAAUUAAUGAUACAGGUUACUGUGAAAAUGAAUAGAAAAUGAAGGUAAGCCCCAGCAGCUUAUGAAGAAUUGUAGUUACGAAAGGUCUACAGCCCGAAGGCCUGCGUACCGGUGCUACCCUUGCGCCAGGGUCUCUCACACCCCCCCCCCCCCCCCCCCUCAGCCAUCCUUUUUUUCUUUAUUUCUUCGUGGUUAAAAUAAAAGUGCGUUGUUAAGUAAUGAAUAAAUUUUUAGACACUUGCAAUGAAUUAGACAUAGCGCAGUUUGAAGGACGGAAUGUUCAACAAGGAAGGGUCCAUCAGUGAGCACAGUCUUGAUUAUUAAAGAGGUACUGUAUAUAUGAUUUUACCGUAACCUCGAUGAAGUGUUUAAUAGGGAAGUCAAAAUGGGUCAUGCAUGUGUUUCAGAGUAAUAAUAUUGUAACUGGUGUUUUUUACAAUACAAAUAAUAAAUAGGUUGAGGU